GUGUGUCAGGAAAAGGGUGUGACAAUUUUGCUGUCUCUUACCCUCCCUUCCGGGAGCUGGAAGAUUAACUCACAUUACCCUGCGCUCACCUAUUGCAGGGCUGUGUUCCUGGGAUUCUAACAACAAUUACAAAUUCAGCUAUUUUUACCACCACCACCAGGACCGGCUUCUUGAGCCCGCACUAGAAGUACUGCAGCAACUGCCAAGCGAAGACUAGACGAGCACCAUGGUGUUGGUUACAGAUGUUUCCAGUGACCUCACCUCAGAGGAGCAGCAAGAAUUGGAGAAUAUUCAGCGCAGAAAGCAGGAAUUGCUUGCCGACAUCCAGCGACUGAAAGAAGAAAUUACAGAGGUUACAAAUGAAAUUGAAAACCUGGGAUCAACAGAGGAAAGUAGGAAGAACAUUCAAAAGAGCAAACAAGUAGCUAUGGGAAGGAAGAAAUUCAACAUGGACCCUAAAAAGGGCAUAAAGUUCCUGAUUGAAAAUGAUCUACUGAAGAACACAUGUGAGAACAUUGCACAGUUUUUGUACAAAGGUGAAGGACUUAACAAGACAGCCAUAGGUGACUACCUUGGAGAACGAGAUGAUCUCAACAUCAGCGUUUUACAUGCCUUUGUGGAGCUUCAUGAAUUUAUGGACCUUAACCUGGUGCAGGCACUUCGUCAAUUCCUGUGGAGUUUCCGUUUACCUGGGGAGGCUCAGAAAAUUGAUCGUAUGAUGGAGGCCUUUGCACAGCGAUACUGUCAAUGCAACCCUGGUGUAUUUGAGUCUACAGACACAUGCUACAUUCUAUCCUUUGCCAUAAUUAUGCUCAACACCAGCCUGCACAAUCCCAACGUCAAAGACAAACCGACUGUAGAAAGAUUCAUUGCCAUGAACCGAGGCAUCAACAAUGGAGGGGAUCUGUCUGAGGACUUGCUCAGGAACUUGUAUGAUAGCAUAAAGCAUGAACCAUUUAAGAUUCCGGAGGAUGAUGGAAAUGACCUUACUCACACUUUCUUCAACCCAGACCGGGAAGGAUGGCUUCUAAAACUAGGAGGGGGUCGUGUUAAGACGUGGAAAAGACGUUGGUUCAUUUUGACUGACAACUGUCUCUACUACUUUGAAUACACAACGGACAAGGAACCCCGGGGGAUCAUUCCUUUAGAAAACCUUAGCAUUCGGGAGGUAGAAGAUUCCAAGAAAAUGAACUGCUUUGAGCUUUAUAUCCCGGACAACAAGGACCAGGUCAUCAAGGCGUGUAAAACCGAAGCAGACGGCCGCGUGGUGGAAGGAAACCACACAGUAUAUCGAAUCUCUGCCGCCUCUUGUGAAGAAAAGGAUGACUGGAUGAAAUGUAUCAGGGCUGCUAUAAGCAGAGAUCCAUUUUAUGAGAUGCUGGCUGCUCGCAAGAAGAAAGUUUCCUCUAUCAAGAGAACAUGAAAAAAAUGAAAAGAAGAACAUUUUUGUAAAAAGGGGACCUGAAGCUUUGUUUUGGCAUUUGUCUCCAGAAAUCUUCAUGCAAACACGGAGAAGCAUUGAUUGAAUGAUCCCACAGACUUGACUGCUGUAAACCAUGCCCUGUGGGCGACGUAUGCAGCUACAGAUGCUCUUGUUUUUAUGUGCACAGGUAAGGGAUCUAUUAUCCAGAAUGCUUGGAAUCAGUGACUUUCUGGAUAAGAUAGAUCACCUUGCUUAUGAUCUGCCCAAAAUAAUACAAAGCCAAAACAUUUUAAUCAGCACUUUUGGAUUGGAGACAUCGUUACAAUUGUUUUCCCAUCACCGUGGAUUAAGACUGGACUAGAUGAGCAAAAGUAUGGUACGAGGUAUUAUUCCACUAAAGAGUCACAUAAGUCAAAAAUAAAUAAAAAAUGUUUAUUUAUAGAGGACACUCAGGGAAAUCACAAUGCCAACUCUCUGGAUUCUUUUUUGUAAUGCUUCCCUGGUACAGACUAUAGCAAAUGUAAGGGGUUUUUUUCUGACUUUUUAUUCUGCACUCUUUACAUUAAAAAUCUAGUAUUUGAAGAUAUCAAGAAUAUGUUUGCUGUUGGCUAAGAUCGAAUACAAGGUUUCUUACACAGGUAACACACAGUAGAAUAUUGCCUAUAUAGCUUAUUAAACUGAUGGCUAUUAUCAUUUUCUACUCUACAGGGAAGUUCACUUUCUAGUUGAUCUUUAUUUUUAUUUUUUUGAUUCUUCAACUGCUAGCUUUCAUGUUCUGUCUCUUUAUUUCUUGUAGCUGCAGCCAAAAAAAACCCCCAGCACCAUGUGACUUCACUUCUAUCUCUUCUAUUUUUUAUUGCUUAUGUUUCUAUUCUGGCCCUUUACUAUUUAUUUUUCAUUUUGUUUUCUGCUUAAUUGCUAGUGUAAUUAAAAGUUUAAUGCAACCAGGUCGGUGUUAAAUUUCCUUACCUAAUUUCAACAUUAAAAUAAUGAUAAAAAUAUAAAAUAAAUAUGGAAAAAAAAGUCCAGUUGCACUAAAGCUAGCCAGGUUGAAAAGUAUGGUAAUAAAUUGAUAGUAUCCGAUAAACUGGAAUGCCUUUUUUUUUAUGUUGCAUGUAUGUAAUAGGUUGAUGACUAAGCAAUAUAUAAAUCACAGCAGUUGUGUUGCA